AUGUUCCGUUCCCCCCACGGGGCUCUCCCAAAUGAUGAGACCACCGCCGUCGGCGCGCUGCUGUGGACGGGGCUGGUGACCACCGCCGGCGCGCUCGCGCUCGAGAGCGAAGCCUUCAAGGCGCCGACUUCGCACGCCGCCGCAGCCACCGCCGCGCCUCCGCCUCCGCCCCCGCCCCCGCCGCCCGCCGUCGCUGGGCAAGCACCGCCACCGCCGUCGCACACCGAUGCCACCAUCCGCCAGUGCAGCGGCAGCGCUGCUCUGCACAACGCCUCGCCCUCCACGCGCCCCAGCAGCGCCGCCCCGCCCCCUCCGCCCGCCAUCGCGAUCGUGCCGACCGGCUCGACAUUCAAUUUCUACGAGCUCUUCAACGACCCGCGAUACCAGCCCAUCCUCAACCUCUGCUUCCACUUCCUCGACCCCGCUUUGUCCAACGAGACCGAGGGCGCGGCCGCCUUCGCCGAUGAGGCGACCGGCAACGCCGCCGCCCUCAUCCUUGACUUCGGCCGCAGCCCUGGCGACAGAGCGGCCCUCGCGCGCACCCGCGCGAAGCAGACGGGCAAGAAUGGCGGCAUUGGCAUGUCCGACUACGCUCGCCGCCGAUUCCCCAGCUUCCUCGCCUCCGCCGUCACCUCCCAGAGGGCGUGCGCCAGGGUCUACCCUGCGCUCAGGGAGAUGUCCCUUACCCCCCCAAACACCGCCACCGCCACCGCUCUCGUCGCCGCCCACGGCGUCAUCGACUCCGCCCUCGCCGAUGUACGCACCCGCCACGCCGCCCUCGACGAACAGGUUCGUCACUGGGUCGACGGCACCACACGCUCCGCCUACCACCCGCACCUCAAGCGCGGCUUCCAGCUUCCGCCCCUCGCCGCCCUGUUGGGUGACGCCGACGGCACAUCUUCCUCGUGCCUCUCACAGCACUCGCUGUCGGCUGUCGUCAACAACGACGCGUGGCUGGACGCCAAGGACGCGUGCGACUCCUUCGAUUCACAAAACGCCGGCGCCACCGUGCCGCACCGGGAGGCCACCUCCCUCAUCAGCCACUCGCAGGUGGGCUCGGGAGCUUGGCUGCUCCGCCUGCCCGACGCCACAGUGCCUCGCUCCAUCAUCCCCUCCGAUGCCUUCCUCUCGGCGUGCCAGCACCGCCUCGGCCUCUACCUUACCGCCCUCGAUGACGUGUACAACGCGCUCGAGGAGCGCGGCGUUACCGUCACCCAGCACCAACGCCUCGGCAACCAUUGCCUCAAUUCCGCCAACGCCACCCACCGCCACAACGCCGCACUUGCAGCCGUCCACCGUGCGCUCACCAGCGUCACGAGCGACGCCCUGCCAGUUGGCUCGAUCCAGCUGGCCGAUAAGGGCGACGGGACCCCCGCCUCCAAGGCUGAGCGGAGGGGCUACUACGCCCACGUCAACAAGGGACACAUCCCAGACUUGAUCCGCUUUGGCUCCACGACCACGUGCUGGGAGUUCAAGUGCUACACUCCGUUCCUCCCCUCCGGCGCAAAGGGCAACGGCUCUGCUCGCUGCGGAGGCGCCGCCUCCCGUGCCGACGGGCACUUCAUCGCGCUUGGCAACACUGAGGAGCACCUCUCCGUCGUCGUUCUCGGCCACCCCCAACGGGGUGACCCGGACACGGAGGAGCAGUUGGACCGCGUCAGCGGCGACGGAUGGGUGGCAGCGAAGGACGGCGAUUAUGCCGACGCCCUCGCCAAGGGCCACACGGUCAUCCUCCUCGUGACCGAGUCGACCGGAGCAUUCUCCGCCGACCUCGAUCGCGUCCUCCGCCAGCUUGCGAGGACCGCACGCGCCAGUGGGUCCAUUGACCACACGCCGUAUGGCACCUCUCGCGCGUCCACCCGCUCACACUACACCUUCCACUCCGCCGCCAUCUCCGCCGCCAUCGUCACCGCCGACGCCCUCACCAUUCAGAACUCGGCCGCCGCCCUCGGCUUCGAGCUCACCCUCGACCCUCGCGAUCUCGCCCGGCGCUCGACGUCGGGAGCCUCGCAAGCCAACGCAUCGCCAAAGUGGCUGCGCAACUCGACUUGCAUCGCGCUCGUCCCGAUCCUGCCUGUACUCAUAGACUACAUCUGCCGCGUAGAAGCGGUGGACAUUGACCUGGGAGAAGACGACAAGGAUACGUGGCUCGAGGAGCAGCUCGAGGACGACCUCGAGGAGCAUGCGGUCAACCAUACGGAUCUGCACCUACUCGAGGCGUCGAUGCUGGCCGACCUGCUGCUCAUCUGCGGUUCCUUCGUCCUCGCCGAAGCAUCGCAGCGCCUCGCACGGGAGCGCCUCGGCAGCGCUGGAGCCCAGCCUGCAUGGAUCUCCUCCCCGUUUGGGUUCCGCAGUGUCUCCACCUCAUCCUCAGAGCGACUCUCGGACCGUGCGUCCGAUGACGAUGGCGCCGCGGCCUCCCGCUCCUCGCCUGCCACG